AUGAGACCCCCGAGAGGCGGUGGAUUCAGAGGUGGCCGCGACGGUGGAUUCAGAGGUGGCCGCGACGGUGGCGGUCGCGGCAGAGGUGGUUUUGGUCGCGGCGGAGGUGGUUUUGGUCGCGGAGGAGGUGGUUUUGGUCGCGGCGGCGGAUUUCGCGACGAAGGACCACCCUCCGAAGUCGUAGAGGUGUCAUCAUUUAUGCAUGCAUGCGAGGGAGACGCAGUGACAAAGCUUACAAAUGAGAAAGUUCCCUUUUUCAAUGCUCCUAUAUAUCUGAAAAACAUGACUCAGAUUGGAAAAGUUGAUGAAAUAUUUGGUCCCAUCAAUGAAGCUUACUUCUCAAUUAAGAUGAUGGAAGGGAUUGUUGCUACUUCUUAUUCAUCUGGCGACAAGUUUUAUAUUGAUCCAAGGAAACUGUUGCCUCUUGCAAGAUUUCUUCCACAACCCAAGGGACAAUCAGCUGGUAGAGGUGGAGGUGGAGGAGGUCGUGGUGGAGGUAGAGGUGGCCGUGGAGGCGGUGGUUUUCGUGGAAGGGGCGGUCCAAGGGGUGGGAGAGGUGGUCCUCCUAGGGGUGGUGGUUUCAGGGGAAGGGGGAGAUCAUAGGGCAAUUUUAUGUAAUGUUUUUCACAUUGGCUGCAGUUAUUUUCCUUUGGAGAUAACAUAGAUGUUGAAUUGGCUUUUUAUUUCUUAUGCAUUGAGUUGUUCUGCUGCAUGUUGGUUGAUUAUGUUAUCAUUAUGGCAAA